ACGACGGCGGCAGUAGCACACAUGCUCGGCGCGCGGAUGGUGGUCGUACGGUUCCCGUCAGUCGUCGUCGUCCAUCGGAACACAGCGCAGAGCGUUCGCGUGUGCGCAUUCUUUCUCUCUGGCACACACACACACACACACACACAAUCGCGCGCCACCCCGGUUCACCGCCCUCGUUGUCGCGUGCGCGAAACACACAGACACCACACGCACACGCACACACGCACUAAUACUGUUCGGUUCUGCGAGACCGAUGCUGUGAGCAGCCACCACCGGUCGAUCCGCCGCGGGUUUGCAACAUCGUCCCCGGCCGAAUUGGAGACAUGGACAACGGCAGCAGGUGCUCCGUCGGAGCGAUGGGAAGUUGCGGAGUGCCAGAUAUGACAUCUAUAUCAGAUAUCGACGAAGAUGUUAUAAAUCGUAAUCUGCAGAUCAGAUAUUCUGAAAAUUGUAUAUAUACAUACACCGGAACAAUAUUAGUUGCAGUAAAUCCAUACAAGGAGCUGGGCAUUUAUUCAAACGAUCAUGUGUUUCAAUACCACGGAUCAAAAAUCGGGAUUUUGGAACCUCACGUGUUCGCCGUCGCCGAAGCAGCUUACAACAGUCUGCAGACUGGCGAAAUCGACCAGUCGUGCGUGAUAUCAGGCGAGAGUGGAGCGGGAAAGACGGAGACCACCAAAUUCAUUUUGCAGUACUUGUGCUCCGUGACCAGUAACGUGAGCACAUGGGUCGAACAGCAGAUACUCGAAGCCAACACAAUCCUAGAGUCUUUUGGAAACGCCAAGACCGCACGUAACGACAAUUCCAGUCGAUUCGGUAAGUUCAUGCAAGUAUGCUUCGACGGCAAAUGGAUGAUUAAAGGAUGCAUUAUCCAAGAUUACUUGCUGGAACAGUCGAGGAUCACGUUCCAGAGUGCUGGCGAACGGAAUUAUCAUGUGUUCUAUCAGCUCGCUGAAGGGGCAAGGCACAACAAAGACUUGGUGGAACUGUACAAGUUGAAACCACCAGAGUUCUACAACUAUCUCAAUCAGUCGGGCUGCAUAACAAUCGACGGCGUGUCGGAUGCGCAAAAGUUUGACGCACUACGAUUGGCGUUCAACGUGUUGCGCAUACCGCUCAACAUGGUCGACGGCAUUUUCUGCGUCCUGUCCGCCAUCCUGUGGCUGGGAAAUACGGUUUUUCGCGACGUCGACGGCGAAAAAUGUCAACUGACCGAAAACGACCGAGAAAUACUGUCAGUCGUAUCGCAUUUGUUGGGAUUGAAAACGGAAGACGUGGUCCAUGUAGCUUUGCUCAGACAGAUCAAUGUGCGCGGAAACAUCACAGAAAUACCACUAAAACUACCAGAGGCAAUCGAAAACCGACAUGCAAUGGCUAAAGCAUUGUACUCGCGAACUUUUGCGUGGCUUGUGAACCAUAUCAACACGUGUACGAAUCCGGGUCAAGAUUCGUCCAGAUUUCUUGGCGUUCUCGAUAUAUUUGGUUUUGAGAAUUUCACUAUUAAUUCAUUCGAACAGUUAUGUAUUAAUUAUACCAACGAAAAAUUGCACAAGUUUUUCAAUCACUACGUGUUUGCCUUGGAACAGGAAAUCUAUCGGCAAGAAGAAAUCAAAUUUUCACACAUUCAGUUUACUGAUAACACAACGUGUUUAGAACUAAUCGAGAAACCACCUCGAUGUAUCCUCAAGUUAUUGACCGAGCAAUGCCACAUGCCUAAGGGAUCAGAUACUACAUACUUGAUGAAUUUACACUCGGAGUUCGAGAAUCACCCGAAUUUCAUAAAAGGAGACGAUCGUCGAAAGUGGGAAUCCGAGUUUAGCAUCGUGCACUACGCUGGCUCCGUUACAUACACCGCAAGUGGAUUCGUUGAUAAGAAUCGCGAUGUACAACAAGACGUGUUUUUCGAUUUCAUGACACGUUCGACGAACAUUUUCGUGCGCGAACUCAUCAAAUAUCAGGAUUUGCUGGGAUCAACCGUAUCGCGAAUGGGAAGCGCUAAUUCAACGUCGACCCGAGGGACAACUAAAGGCCGUCCCACUGUCAGCGACACGUUCAGACAUCAGCUACAAGCUUUAGUAGAUGUUCUUCAGUCCACUAAUCCAUGGUAUGUUAGAUGCAUCAAGCCGAACAUGAUCAAAGCACCGAAUCAUUACAACGAGAAAUUAGUUCUAGAUCAGUUGAAAUACCUAGGAAUGCUGGAUAUAAUCAGAAUCCGCAAAGAAGGUUAUCCAGUACAUUUGUCUUUUCAGGAGUUUCUUGGUCGGUAUCGUUGUUUAGUGAGGAAAAAAUUACCCGAUGAAGAGCGUUCGGCUGUAAUGGCGUUUUUAACGCUUCAAAAUAUUCCCACGGAAGAGUGUCAAAUAGGUAAAUCAAAAGUUUUUCUCCGUAACAAAGCUCACGAACCGCUCGAAGACAAGCGAAAGGCAAUGCUCAACCUAAUGGCCACCAACAUUCAACGAACGUGGAAAGGGUAUUUCGUUAGGAAGGAUUACAUUAAAAUAAGAUGUGCUGUGAUAAUUGUACAAACUGCAUUCAAAAGUUGGAAACAACGUUUAGAGUUCUUGAAGAAACGCCGUGCUGCAAUUGUGAUUCAAUCUCAUUUAAGAGGUGUUUUUGCGCGAGAGGUCGCCGCUGCUUUGCGGGAGAUGAGAAGAGUCGAGGAAGAGAUGCGAAAACGCGAACGAGUGGAAGAAGAAAAACGCAGAGCAGAGGAAAUCAAAAACAGCGAACAAGAAGCCGAACAGAUAGACGAAUUAAAAAUCGAGAAAGACGAGAAGAUAUCUGAAAUCGAAUUUGCCAAGUUAGCAGAACAGUUAAACUCGAGAUUGCAAGUAGACCCGGCACACGAAUCCGUUGAUUUGGACAAUCUUUUUGCGUUCUUAUCUGAUGUCCAAUCUGGCCGCACGGUGGAUAGUGGUGUCGGAGACCAUAUGAAGCAAAUAGUAAGCGAUUUCGAUGAGUUGGAGAGUGUUAUUCAGCGAGAAAUAGAAAGCGUAGAAUUGAAACUUGAGAACCGAAGGAGUCUGGAAAAGUCUUCAUCUUCGUCGAGCGCGCUUCACGUGUUGCCGGAGCCGUCACAUCCACCUCCACCACCACCACCGUUCAACCAGCAGGAGGUGAAAGCCAAUGACGAGCCUAUCUACGAAGCCGUUCUUCCCAGGGACGAAGAUAACGUAUCACCACCGCCUCUGCCCACUCCACCUCACAAGAUGACCACUCGAGCUAAAAGCCCUGUGGUGGCCGAGGUUAUCACAAAUAGGUCCGUCAGUCCGGCCACCGUGCUUUCUUCACCUCGUCAAAGCAGGCCCAGCUCAAGAACUUCCGGCACCGGGCAGGGUGCUAAUUGGAAGUACAACAAUGGCUUCGUUGAAGACGUCGAACGCGAUCAGAGGAGAAAGUUCCGAGUAGAGAAGAAACUGCUGGAGAUGGAGAACAUACAAGAAAAAAUGAACACGGAUCCGCUGCAAGAUAACUACCACGACAUACUCGAGUUCGCUGAGAACUAUUUCAAUGCCCACGAACGCUCGCCUGAAGGUACAAUAAUAGCCACGCUGAAGAGAAAGAGUAAAUCUUUGGAAAAAAUACCAAUGUACGAAAUGGUUUCGUUCCACCGUGGCUCAACAAUUCCGACCUCGCACAUACACAUGUACGACCCGGACAAUAUUACAAUAGCCAUAUCAAUAUUCAGAGAUCUGUGCAAGUACACCCGAGGUGACAUAAAACAAGACAAUGAAGUACAAAUCAUUCAAUCGAUAAUCGGUGCGGGGAUCGGUCGCGAAGAGCUGCGAGACGAAAUAUUCGUACAGUGCAUGCGACAAGCGACGAACAACCCGAGUAUGGAGUCCACCGAAAGGGUGUGGUUGCUCAUUUGUCUCGCAAUCGUUGCGUUCCAACCUAGCAAGCUGCUCUACAAGUAUUUCGUGAGCUUCUUGCGCAAGAAUUUGCAGUGCGAGGGCAAACUCAAACAAUACGUUCAGUGGUGUCUCGACAAUUGCAAGAACAUUAAAGUCUCAUGUCGUCAAUAUCCACCGUCAACGGUCGAGAUUGCCGCCAUGCGAAGACUCGGCACGAUCGUCUGCCGGUUUUUCUUCUUGGACGGCCGGACCAAAGCGAUUGACAUUCAUCCCACUGACACGGCCAGCGAUGCGGUCUACAAGCUCGCGGACAAGUUGUGCCUGAGGUCGAUCGACGGUUGGUCGAUAUACCAAAGCCGUUCGGACGGCGAAGAACACGUUCGCGCCCAUCACUAUUUAUACGAUAUUAUUGCUGCUUGGCAAUCGAAGCAGCAGAUUAAGCAAACCACUCAAUCGAGUAGUUUUCCAUCAUUAAGUCGGCGAUCUAGUAACACAACAUUGACAAGUGGUGAAAAUCGUUUCAUAUUCAAACGUCGACUGUUCAGACAUUCUCGAGAGAUUUCGCAGGAUCCGAUCGAAGUAAAUCUGUUGUACGCUCAAGCCGUUUAUUGCGUAGUAAAGUGCGACGAUUUUCCGGUCAGCGAGAAAGUCGCUCUUCAGUUGGCAGGACUUCAAUGUCAAGUGUCUCUCGGAGAUCCGAAGGAAUCCACUUUAGAAUAUUAUGCGGACGUGGAAAAUUAUAUACCUUUCAGAAUCAGUAGAAUAAGGAGUUCUGACACUUGGGUGCCGAUAUUAGCUCAAGCUCAUCAACAGUACGGUGCUGGCAGAUCGGAGUUAAUGGCAAAGGUAUUGUACUUGUCAUGCGUAAUGCAGUACCCAUUAUACGGAACUACAAUGUUCCAUGUCACUUAUAGAGGAUAUUGGUCGUAUGGAAACAGUUUAAUACUAGGUGUGAAUUGCGAAGGAUUGAUGUUGAUAAAACCGGAAGACAAAUUCGUCAUAUACGAAUUCAGGUACACAGAUGUAGAAUCCAUAUUCUUGGACCCUAGCGAUUGUUUUCUGACCAUAAAUCUGAUGAGACAUCAGAACGACAACGCCUCGGCUCAUAAAUGUUUUGUGUUUGAAACUCCGCAAAAAUCUGAAAUAGGUUCACUCAUUGUUAGCUAUUGCCCAGGACUGGCCGGUUGGAUAAUUGAAAACGAAGCUCCGGUGAAAGCUAUAACCAACGACGAUCGUAUUCGGCUGUACCAUAACGUGAUAAACUGCCGGCGCAGUCUAAUCGAUUCAGACAUGCUCAACAAACCUCAAGACACGCCUGGUAGUUUUUUGAAAAAUACAUUGCGCAGGUUAAGCAAACACAAGUUGGAAAAGUUGUGGGCCGAACACAUUGGAUCGUUGUCCGAUCACGGAGAAACGUACAAGGGUUUUUCGGGAUCCUAUUGGUCUUUCAGUAGACAGCCCAUUUCUCAGAGUCUCAGUCGUCUGUCCGAACAAGACGAACAGAUCGCUUUACAGAUGUUUCAAAUAAUAUUGAAAUACGCUGGAUUAGGUCAAAACGGUGAAGUAGUACGUAGAGCAGAAGACGAACACGUUACUCUGAUACAGAACGUUAUGGAGAGGUCGAUGCGGAAGGAGUCGUUGCUUUGCGAACUGUACCUACAGCUGAUCAAACAGACCACGGAACAUCCAGAUCCAAACUCACGGGUGAACCUUAGGCAUUGGGCGCUGCUGUCGCUCACGUGCUCGGUUAUCUUGCCACCGCAGCAUAACAUUCGCAAGUAUUUGAUCGCACAUCUACGCAAAUGUGCGGGCGACUGUGUGACGGAAGAGGGAAAAUACGCCCGUUUCGCUGAAAAAUGCGUGUCGAAGACCAAAGGCACGAGGAGAAGGCAAUGGCCACCGUCCAGGGAGGAAAUACUGUGCACCAUCAAUAGGAGAUUAAUAUACGCCCGGUUUCAUUUCAUGGACGGGCAAUACCAUGCCAUCGAGUUCCAUCCGUCUUCCACGGCCAAGGAUGUAGUGGAAAUAGUCAAGAAUAAAAUAGGACUGAGGAAAACAGCGAUGGGGUACGCGAUCUACGAGGUGCUGGGCAAUUCCGAACGGAGUCUGGUAGCCGAGGAAAAGUUGGCGGACGUCAUGUCCAAGUGGGAGAGGUACAGGAACGCCAACACGGGGACAGCGAACACGUCCAAACCUAUCCGGAAACACAGUCACAUAUUCCUGUUCAAAAAACAUUUGUUCCUCGAUCAGUACAUGGACUUGGACGACCCAGUCGAAAAAGAACUGUUGUAUCACCAAGUGCUGCACGGGCUCCGAUGCGAUCGGUUCCCGGUGACUGAUAACGAAGCGGUUAUGUUGACCUCUUUACAAGCUCAAGUAGAACUAGGGGACUGCGAAGAUAACGUGAUAGAAUAUCGACAGGUUUCGUGUCACUGUCUGCCAUCCAGGCUUGUGACUAACUUGCCUAACGAAGACAUAGCGAUGCAUCACCAAAGUUUGAGAGGAAUGACUUCGGCCGAGGCUAAAAAAGCGUUUUUAAACCUAAUCAAAAGUUGGCCACUUCACAGAGCUACCAUAUUCGAUGUCAUGCAAUCGUUCACCUCGAAUUGGCCCCGUGUUCUGUGGUUGGCCGUCGAUCAAGCCGGUUUACAUUUACUGGAACAUCGGUCCCGCAAUGCGUUGUGUUCGUACGAAUACGACAGUAUUCUGAGUUACAGCCCGGCCGUGAACUGCUUGAUGAUCAUCACAGGCAGUGACAAGAAACAAAGCAAGAUCAUUUUAACCACUUCUCAGGCGUUCCAAGUGGCCAACCUCAUACGGGAGUACACGGAAGUGUUGCAGUCGCCGCAGUCGUUCAAGAAGCGCGAGAGCGGUCGGAAAAACGGCAUGAACGGUUCUAACUCGAGGCCGGUGAGCAUAUUGCACAAGCCGGCGCCCGCCAUCGAAAUGCAAACAUGACCUGGGCGAAGAAACGACCGAUGAUUCUGCAGCAGUCAUCGUAUUUAUUUAUUUCUGUUCAUACCAUUAUUAUUAUUAUUUUAUUUAAAUUUUUUUCGUUUUUGUAUCUCACGCGUAUAUCGACUCUGACACCGCCGCCGUCGGACAACGUAACUAUAAUCACUUACACCGUACCCCGCCCGCGCGUCAUAAGCGUGUCCGGUUUGUGCCUACAAAAUUUUUAUGUUCUUGGACACGUAUUACACGUUGAUUUUUGUUUUUCGUUUUCGGAACUCCAUGAUAGGAUCAACGUUUAAUCGUGUUUUGAUCUCGCGGGCUAUGACGAAUUGAAAUUAAAAUAUAAUAAUAAGAACGAUAACGUGUUAUUAAAAGACAAUUGUUGUGUUAACG